CUUCGGAUUGAAUCUGGUGAAAGACGGGAAAAAGGUGAAGGUGGAGGGCAUCUUUACUUCUCUUCCUGCAAGCAAAAGGGCAAUGGGAUGAUGAUGAGUAGCUGCUGCUGCUGCUGAUUAGAUUGACCUUUUCUUUUUACUACCUCCCUUUAUGCUCGAGAGGUAUAAAGAAUUGGUAGCCGUCGGUUUCGUUCUUCUCUUACUUGCUCCGCUUGAUACUUGGAGUUUGGUGGAAGAAUCGGGGCCGGAGAGGGAGAUCGGUUCUUUCAGAUGGGAUGCGCCCACAGCACCUUCGGCGACGACGACGGCGGCGGCAGCUGCAUGGGCGCCAGAGAUGGCCGGCCGCCUCCUCCUCCUGCGCGUGAGCUGGUAAAUGCGGGAUCUUCCGGGGAGAAAGUGGCGUGGAGUUCGACGAGCCUCAUAUUCUCGGCGGCGGGCGUCGUCCGGAGGGGGAGGGGGAGGUGGCGGCGGCAGCGGAAGAGGGGGGAGGUGGAGAACAAGUCCUGGUUGCUUGCAGAGGCCCGAGCGGAAGCGGAGGCGGCGGCGGCGGCCGACCCGGGGUCCGUGCACUCGUCGUUCCGCUUCAGCUUCGGCUCACAGACGGAGGCCGAGGAAACCAUGGAGAAUGCCGCCACUCCGACGGCUACCGCGGUGCUGCUUCUGGUGAGUUUGGAGGACGAGGGGGACCGGUUGGGCAAUGGGGACGCCCAUUCCAACAAACGGCGGCAAUGGCAAGGGCUGGAGGUUUUGGAGAGGAGCAUUUCAUCCGCUGCUGCAGAUUUGGCGAGAUUCAGCUACUCCGAGAUCCGGUCGGCCACUCGGGGCUUCUCCAAAGGAAGGGAGCUCGGCAUGGGCGGCCUCAGUCGGGUGUAUAAGGGAAGAAUUGGGGCAAGAAGAAAGUCCGUGGCGAUAAAGCGGGUGGAGGGGCGGGAUCGAGACAGUGCAAAGGCCUUCUGCAGGGAGCUGAUGAUAGCAACCUCUCUCCGCAGCCCCUUUGUCGUCCCUUUGCUCGGCUUUUGUAUUGAUCAAGAAGGAAUUUUCCUUGUCUACAAGUAUGUCUCGGGAGGAAGCCUCGAUCACCACCUCCAUCGCCAAGAGAAGAAGAAAGGGAGGGGGAAGGUGCUGUCAUGGGAGGUGAGGUAUAAGGUGGCAAUGGGGAUAGCACAUGCGGUGGAGUACCUACACUUCGGCACUGAUAGGUGCGUUAUUCACAGAGACAUCAAGCCCUCCAACAUCCUCCUCACCUCUAACAACGCCCCCAAGCUUUGUGAUUUUGGAUUGGCUACAUGGACGCAUGGACCUUCUGUACCUUUUCUCUGCAAGUCGGUCAAGGGAACCUUUGGUUAUUUGGCACCUGAGUACUUCCAACAUGGUAAGCUGUCAGAUAAAACCGAUGUGUAUGCAUUUGGGGUUGUACUCUUGGAAUUAAUCACCGGGCAGAAAGCGAUUGAUCGGAAUAGGCCUCAGGGAGAGGAGAAUUUGGUCUUAUGGGCAAACCCUCUGUUGCGGCAAGGCACCAUGGCUGCUGGAGAGUUGAUCGAUCCCAGAUUAAAGCCUGGAUCUUAUCGUCCGAGUGAGAUGAGCCGGAUGAUUCAUGCAGCCACAGCUUGUCUCAACAGCGAAGAAACAGGGAGGCCAAACAUCCUCGAGGUAAUCGGAAUGCUGCGAGGAGAAGACGCCUGCAGCGACUGGUCCAUGCUCAUGGCCAACGGUUGCCUGACCGGUUAUGGAGCUCGGUCUCACGACGCAUCGGCGAAGAGCGAUAUGAGUAGUCAUCUAGCCCUGGCCAUGCUCGGUGUUUCGGACGAGGAAGAAGACUUGUACGAUCGAUGAUAAUAGAUGGGUCUCUUCUUGAUCAGUGAUCACAUGGAGCGGCUCAUGAAUGUACAUGCAUUGUUGUAUGAACGGACUGCUGGAGAGUUGCAUUUGUUUCUUGUACAAA